AUGAGAUUUGGUGUGAAGGGCAAGCUCAGCCCUAAGUAUGUGGGUCCUUAUGAGGUACUUGAGAGAUUUGGUGAAGUGGCUUAUAAGUUGGCUUUGCCAGUCGAGCUAUUUAAGGUUCACAAUGUGUUCCAUGUCUCUCAGUUACGGCGUUGUCGAAGUGACCCUUCGCAUGUUAUAGCCGUAGAGUCGGUAGAGGUCAACCCUUAUUUGACUUUUGAGGAGAAGCCAGUCAAAAUCCUUGAUCGUCAGGUACGUUCUCUGAGGAGAAAGGAAGUGCCAUUAGUGAAAGUGUUGUGGCGUAGUCAAAAGUAUGAACAAGCCACCUGGGAAACUGAGGAGUCAAUGCGACUUAAGUAUCCCGAGUUGUUUGUAGCCGAGCAAAGGAGAAUUCUAUCAAUGGUAAUAUGUCCUCCCACGAACACUGAGAAUCAAUGGCACAUGCCCGAAGCAUAUGCUCUAGAGUCUGAAUGGUCCUCUGUCUGCCCAUCUGUAGUUGGGUGA